AUGGAGAUCGUAAGCUUUAGCUCUGCCCGGCAAGAUCUGUUAAUGAGUUGUGGCACUGGAGUAAAGUCCAAACAAGUGCACACCAAUGGAACUCUCCGUUCAAUCAAACAGCGAAGAAAUGCGAAAUUACAACAGCAGCAGCACCAGCAAGUGCAAAAACCAGAUAUUAAUCGCAUCGUUGUGAGUGCUGAGAUAAAUUAUGAUAAAUCGACAAAUUCAGGUGAUAGUGAUAACAAUAAUAAUAAUAGUGGUAACAUGAGCUGUAAUGGUGGGAGCACUAUCUGGUUAAACAAUAGUACAGGAUAUAGCAAAAGUGGUUCCAGUUUAAGUUCCGCUGGUGGGAAACCGGUAAAUUUGACGUUGUCGAAGAUGUCAUUGUUGUGGAAUACGAGCGGUUGGAUACGAGUUUAUUGCGGUCCCGAUCGAAGUGAUGUAAGUCUAGAAGAUCCCAGCCGGAUGGUACAUGUUAUCACAACUGCGACGACACUUGAUGUUGUGAAGGAUAUGAACCUACCGAUGGACUACACAUUGUGGGUUCAAAUCGGUGGUUCCAAAACACGUCGGCUGGAGGAAAAUGAAUAUCCAUUAUUGGUGCAGGAAGAAUUUCUCAAAUCACUGGGAUACCUAGACGAAUCUCGAAGGGGUCGUCUCGGCAUUGAUCCGGAGCUGAAGCAUCUGUUUAGAUUUCACAUCGGACCGUCCGAGAUUGCCAUGUGUAAGGGAGUGUUACGGUCAGGUUCGGUGGAAAUUCUAAAAGGACUUGUUUUUCCUCAGUGGAGAAAGCGCUAUCUGGCAAUCGUGGGAAGUAAGCUGAUUGUCUUUCCCGCAAGCUACGGCAUGUCACCGGAAGUGUACGACCUAGCCGGAGCCGACAUCUUCGAGCACGCACCCGAUCACAACCGCCUCAUCAUAAAAAUAGUGCCAAAGUCAGCCGAGAACUGCAGCGGAAGCGACAUGAGAGAAAACCUUGGUCGGUUCUUGGACAGUUCUAGCACAGCUCAUCUCUACCAAAGCAACGGCAGCAUGCAGUCAAUCAGCGACCGAGAGACGGUGUUGUUUCUUGGAUUCGAAGAAUCUUGGGAACGUGACCUAUGGAGUGGUUGGUUUGCCGAGACCAAAACUGAUGACAACAGCGAUGGCGAUACUAGGCGAUUGGACCUAGGAGAAGCCGGUUUGCAACAGAUCCCGGAGAUUUUCAUGCAAUCGUCGACCAGUGUGGUCGAACUAUUGGCGGGAAAGAACAAACUUCAGGAGUUGGCCUUACGAGCGUUAGGAGAAUUCACGGAAUUAAAAGUGCUUAGACUGAACGGUAAUGGACUGAAGAGUUUUCCGGACAGCUUGUUCAACCUGCGCAAUCUAACGCUGCUGGAUUUGGAAGAAAAUGAAAUCAGAAAAUUGCCGGAAAAAGUCGCUUCGCUGACGCGUUUAGAGGAGCUAAUACUUGAGAAGAAUGAACUGCUGGAAUUGCCAGAGUCGUUGCAAAAAUUAACUAAUUUGAAGAGUUUGAAUGUUGCCUAUAACCAAUUAGAAAGAUUGCCUUCAUUCAUGGUGAACAAUAUGCAUUCAAUGAGCAUUUUCCAAAGAAAUGACUCGAUUCGGAAUAGUCAUAGGAGGGAUUCACUGGAAAAGGACGAUUACAAGAUCGAUUCUACUUUGACCAAGGUUAAUCUGCGAGGAAACCAGCUGAAAGGAAGCAUCAUUCUGGGCAAUUAUGGACUCCUUACUCAACUGGAUGUCAGUGAAAACUCAAUAGAGGUUAUGGAUUUGUCAGCCUUGGACAAGCUGGAGACGAUACAAUGUUGCAGAAACAAUUUAAUAGAGUUAACACUUAAUGGUCGUCAUUUGCACUCUUUGAUUGCUGGAAAUAAUAAUCUCACUAAAAUAUCGGUCAGAGCGACUCCAACUAAUCUCAAACACAUCGAUAUCAGCUUCAAUAGUCUGCGAGAGCUUCCAGAGUGGUUGGUUGGUUGCCAUCAACUUCGGACUCUGUACGCAAACAAUAACCGGCUCAAUGUGAUUUCGGAGCAUUUGCUCAACAACGAACAUGCAAAAAUUGUGACUCUACAUUUGGCUUACAAUAAUCUUACGAGCUUUCCACCGAUGGUUAAACGGAAGCUGUCACUUCAAAAACUGUACCUGCAAUGCAAUGCUAUCGAAGACUUACCGGAGAAUUUCUUUAUCGCUUGUGAAAGGCUCACUAUCCUCAAUAUAUCCAGUAACAAGCUGAUGACUUUGCCGAUAAUUUUCGGAACAAACUGCAACUUGGAAAGGCUUUAUGCGACACACAAUAGCCUAUCGGAUCGAGUUCUUGAUUCCCUAAUAUGUUUAACGCGGCUAAGAAUUCUUCAUCUAGCUUACAAUCUACUGACGACGUUACCGGAAACCUGCAUUACCUGUUGGGGUGAAUUGGAAGAGUUGGUUAUCUCAGGGAACAAACUGAGACAUUUGCCGGAAAACUUGACAUCUCUUCGUACCUUGCGUGUGUUGAGGGUUCACUCAAAUCAGUUGCAAACCGUGCCCGCUCUAGCCAAGAAUCCCAGUCUCCGUGUAUUGGAUCUCGCUCACAAUCAGCUGGAUAAAAUUAACAUGGUUUCCAUCGUAUCCAAGCAUUUGCAAUUUUUAGAUCUCUCGAGUAACAGCCAGCUACAAGUCGAUCCGCAUCAAUUACAAGCUUGUCGGUCACAGCGACCGAUGAGUUUAGUUGAUGUUUCCGGUAAAAAUAGGCCAUCUCUUCCUUCUGUACCAAGCUCUUAUCAAGAGAAUGAUGAGUAUGAACCCUGCUGGAAGGUGGGCUUUGCCGAGACUCCAGGUUGUUUACCGAAAUUAUCCAUUGCGCAGCUGCGGUUGCCAGGCUUCUGUAACUCAGAAGGCCUGUUUGGCAUGUUUGAUGGCGAAGUGAGUAACGUAAUUCCACGAAUGUUGAUAAAGUCGAUUCCGAAAAUAUUAUUGGAAGAACGAACUGUGAAAGAAACAGCAAACGAUUACAUGAAGUACACGUUGCUUUCCGCUCACCGAGAACUCAAACAGCUUGGCCAAAACGAAGCUGUUAAUGCGAUACUGUGUCACAUUUCACGGAGUAAAGUUCCGAGUGAGGUUAUGAGUUAUUUACCACAAGCAGCCAAUGGAAGAAAGUUCGUCUUGCGAGUAGCGUCCGUUGGGGAAAGCUUGGCAGUGUUGAUAAAACACAAUCGCUGUGUUAAGCUGACCAACGGAAAUCCCUGUCGACGAUUGGGAUUGAGUGCUAACUUUCCAGUAAUGUUACCUGAUCCGGAGAUAAAUGAGGUGGUGCUAAGCGAAGCGGACGAGUACUUGGUGAUAGCAAACAAAAAACUAUGGGAUGUGAUAACGAUGGAAACGGUGGCUGAAGAAAUUAGAAAGGAGGAGAAUAUUUUACUUGCUGCGAAGCGAGUACAGGAUACUGCCCAGAGUUACGGAGCCGAGGAAAAUAUUAGUAUUAUAAUUGUGAAAUUCAACAAUCUGGGAACGGAUAUUGAUUUUUUGAUGCGAGAGUUGAGACAAACAAUACGCAAAAAGCCAGCGGGAGGAAGUGGUUUGAUGUCGGGGUUUUGUAAAUGUGGUUGUUGCUGCGAAUCGAACAACAACUGUUGUCACUCCGGUGCGGCUAGUGCAUUUUCGAGGCAUCCAUCAGGAAGAAGUGACAGAUCAUCUCCAAGUGGUCAGAGUGACCAGACGUCGGGAAGUGAAACCCAUUUGAGCGGAGUAAAACCUAGGUACUCGGAUGUGACUACGCUCAACGGUAGAAAAGCUAAUGCUUACUUAACGAACGAGCGAAGAAGUUUAAGGGGAGGCGUUGUGCGAGCUGUUCGAGCAAGGAUCGAGGAAGAAAAAGAAAGAGAAGUCGAAGAAUCUGAUUCUACCAUGUCUGAAGAGCAAUUUAAAUGUUGGGAGUAUAUGCUUGAACAAAACACUCAGCUGCUUUUUGAUAAAGAACUAAAUACCAUUUCUCGUGCGUUCACAAAACGCCCUCAGACAAAUCUGACUAGACCACAGAUGAGGUCUCUCUCCUCCAGUUCACCACAGCUUGCGCUAGAAACCAAUAACGGCGGAUUAAACACUGCUUUGGACGGAUACAAUACAAUUGGGAACAGUACACGGCCAGCGGUUCCCUUUCUUUCGAAGCAUUUCGGCAGCACCAGAUCUUUUCAACCGACCUCUUCGCAAAGUUUUUUCAAACCUAUUCGUUAUAAUACAACACGGCCGCAACCCAUUAACACUGGUCCUAAUGCAGCGUAUUUUGGCUCACUGCAACGACUCAUGCCGUACAACCUGGAAUAUGACUUUUCCGCGUUGCAGGAACGGUAUGACAUGAACAUCGAGGGUAGCGCUAUAGAGUUGGACACGGUGGAUCCAGAUGGAGGCCGGAUGCAACAGUACUGGGGUGUUGCAACGACAGAACUGUGA